AUGAAUUUCAAACAGAAUAAAUAUUAUAUUUUUUUAGUAUCUUUGUUUGUUUUGGCGAAGUAUAAUAAUAAUGUUGGAUCAUAUAAAACAUCAAAUUUAGUUUCCUUUAAAAAUGUAACUAAUUAUCGAAAUUUAGAAGAACCUAUGGGUGAAGAAAAUGUAAAUGAAAACCCAAAAUAUUUACAACAAGUUCAACUUGAAGAAGAUGAAUUAGAUGUUGAAGGCAAUACUGAAAAAGAAAGUACAACAACUCGUGUAAAAACUAAAAGUGAAAUAUUAACAGAAGAAAAAUUAGCUACAAAUGAAAAAACUACAUUCAUUAAUGAUGAAUUAGUAUCUAAAUAUUUAAACAUUUGUGAAAGCGUACGCAAUAAUACAUUUGGUCAUGAAAAUAAUGAAUUUUUUCAUAAAAGUGAUGAUUGCACCUUAUUUAAAAAUCCAUUAGAUAAGAAUAAAACAAGUUAUGAAAUAAUAGGACAUGGAAAAUUAGAUGAUGUAUCACUUUAUGGUAUGAAUUUUGCAUUGAGAGAUCUUUCAGCAAUUAGAGAAUGGAAUACCUAUAUUACUUAUUUAAAUUAUUUAGAUUUAACAAAAGAUGGAAUUGAAGAUAAAAUGAAUAAAAAUGAAGUAAUCGAUCCAACCAAACAUACGAUAGAAGAUACAGAUAUAUAUAAUAAUAAUAGUUACAUUUAUUUAGUAAAUGGUUUACCAUGGCCAUUUAGAAGUCAUGAUACUCCUUAUGAAUAUUAUCAAAAAUAUUUUCCCGAUAAAAAUAUGCUUUUAGUUGCAAAUAGAUCAAUCAAAAAAGCCUUUAAAGAUGUUUCAGGUUAUACCAGAAUUCGAAAUUAUGAAAACUUUUUUUGCUUAUAUUCAAAAAAUAAAGAUAUAUAUACCCCAGGUCUAGAUUAUGUCUCAUCAAUUUUUUAUGAUGUAAACAUUUCAGCAUUUUUGCAAAAUAGUAUACUUAAUCAAUUAUUUCCAAAACUUAUCUUUGAUUUAAAUGACGCAUCAAGAAAAUAUACUAAAGUUGGAUCAGCCAUGUCUGAAGAAGAAAAAGCAACUUAUCAACUAUUGUUACAAGGCGUACCCCAUAAUAAAAAACUUAAAUCAGUAGAAAAUAAAUUAACCAAUCCAGGAGAUAAUGGAGUUGUCGCUACCAACGCCAAUAUGUUUUGGACAAUAUUUAUUAGCCCAAUGUAUAAGGUGGCUGAAAUUUGUAUGGCUUUUAUAAAAAAAACAUUGAAUGUAUUCCAAUAA